AUGGACAAACAUUCUCAUCUCACGUACCCAAACAUAAACCUCAACGACCACACCCUAGAUGAUAAUUUGCCUCCCUUGCAAUGUCGACGUCAAAGCAACUCUCUCGACCCACCGCCUACUUCAAGCCUCGGUGCCCUUGACCGUCUCCCAAUCGAAUUACUUCAGGAGAUCCUCAUCCAACUUGACUUGGGCACUUUCAUGGACUUUCGAUGCACCAACAGACGAGCUAAAGAGUUAACUGACCAUCUUCCACAAUACAAGGCCAUUACCGCCAACGCAAGGAAUGCGCUACGUGGUAUCCUGAACAUUGGAACUAGCAGGUGGAUUACCUGUAAAAGUCUGUUCGAGAAGUUAUGCACAUCAGGCUGCGAACAAUGUGGCGAUUUCGCCGGCUACCUCUAUAUUCUCACCUGCAAACGGAUUUGUUUUCUCUGUUUUUCACAGGAUAAGAAAUACCUACCACUGCGGCCCAACCAGGCGUGUCGGAAAUUUGGAUUAGAGAGAGCCAUCAUUAAAACAUUGCCUUGCAUGAGAGUAAUACCUGGCAUAUACUCGCCGAACGAGAAGAAGGCUACUGGGACUAUUCUGGUCGACUAUGAAGCCGCUUUUGAUGCUGGCAUCGCCCAGCACGGGUCGUUGGGUGCCAUGGACGACUUCGUGGCGGGUGUCGUGGCAAAGAAACUCCAAGCCAAUAGAAAGAGGGCGAUACAAGCACAACAGUCCGGAUCUUCACGCCGCAUACGGAUGCCUCAGGUGGCAGAUCCUUUCGAUGGAGAGUCGGGAAAUCCGCUUCGAUUCGUGGCGAUUGUUCGUGUGCCGUGGCUGAGCAGAACAUCGCUGGAUCAGUUGGCCCGGCGAAAUGGUCUGCUUCUCUUCUAUCAACCACAUCAAGGAAGCACACUGCCAAGGAUGGCUCGCAGCCCCCCCAAUCUCCAGCUGCUUCAAGCAAGCGUUGAUCCCCAUGACGAAAGCAAAUUCCGUCUUCUCGUCGACAACAGUCUUGUCAAGUACGUCACCAUCGAUGCCGGCAUAUUUAGCCAAGAUGACAUGUGCUUCGAGCCUUCUCUUGUGUCCUUGCUUCCGCCCCUUCCACUCGGGGAUUGGAACCAAGGCCGUAUCUCGCGCGAUCCCAAGACGGGGGCUCCUCACUUUUCUGCCAUCUCAAGCACAACCCUCCUGGGAAUUACCAAGAUUUGGCAUCCCGCUCAAAUCGACCACCUAGAGCUUCACAUGGGACGAAAACUCCGCUCCAACGUCUACGAGGCCACGUGUCCCCGCUUCAAGUCACCCGUUAUCGCCAAGUUCGCCCGAUUCCCAUGGGAGGUGCCUCUGUUGGAAGCCGAGACGACAGCUUAUCAAUGGAUAGAGGGCUGCCGGAUUGGCCCGGAUUUUCUUGGCCACCUGGCCGAGGAAGGCAGGGUUAUCGGCUUCGUCAUGGCCCGCGUCGCUGACUGUCGUCAUGCCACGCCGGAAGACUUCUCUCUGUGUUGCCAGGCUCUAUCAAAACUUCACUAG